AUGGCGAACAAGCUGGAAAAUGUAGAGGAGAAGCGCACGAAAAGGAAGACCACUGUUGGGAAGACCGAGACCGAGAACGACCCUGGCGACAUCGUCCGCAAGUCGGACGAACCCUCCAAGUUGAGGUCUGAUGAGAUUGCUGUCCGAGGACACAUCUGUAGAGGGAAGCUUAGAAGAAAGUCUGAGGAGAAGGGGUGGAUGAUUGCCAUUGAAGGGAUCCACGAGGGAGUUGUGAUUGAGGCGUACCCGGACAUUCUUCUUGUGCUCACAGCAUUGAGGCUUGUGACAGACAAAUGGGGGGAAGGGGUUUAA